AUGGACUUCACCAAGCUCAGAGCAACGGCUCUGAAGGACGGUGAUGACGAGGAGGCCGUUACAGUCAAUACUCGAGCCCUUAUUGACAAAGUUCUUGCACGCUACUCCGGAGAAUGGACUACGCUGCGGGAACUCAUCCAGAACGCCGCCGAUGCCCAAGCUACCACCGUUACCAUCAAAUUCGAGACACUCCCAUCCGCCUCCGUCCCGACCUCAAAUACCACAAACCAGUCAGAGAUACUGAAACAUGUGCUCCUACAUCACACCCUACGGCGGCUACUGGUCACCAACAAUGGGCAGGCGUUUGGAGUCAACGACUGGUCGAGGCUGAAGAGGAUAGCAGAAGGAAACCCGGACGAGACAAAGAUUGGGGCUUUCGGAGUAGGGUUCUACAGUGUAUUUGCGGACUGUGAGGAGCCAUUUGUCAGCUCGGGGAACGAAGCUAUGGCUUUCUACUGGAAGGCCAAUUCAUUGUUUACCAAGAGGCUGCAGUUGCCACCCGAACAGAGCAACCCAAAUACAAGUUUCGUGCUGGAUUACCGGAAUACUACUACGCCAAUGCCGAAUCUUCUGUCUAUUUGUCAGUUUCUCGCCACAAGUUUGACAUUUGUUGCAUUGCAGAAACUGGAGCUACAGGUGGAUGAUUGGACGAUCAUUAGGCUGGAGAAGAAGGCGGCUCCGAGUCUCGAGGUACCUAUUGCUAGGGAUGUAGAGACCAGGACGAAGGAAGGUCUUAUGAAAGUACAAAGUAUGGAUCGGGAGAGUGUGCAGAUGGAUGCCACAUUCAUGAACGUUGUUGGUUGGAAACCAGCUAUGUCCACAACUAUGUCAAGACCAGGCUUUGAGAGCUCAUAUGGCACUAGCUCUUCAGAUGUGCCAUCCUUGAGAUCGUUCUUCUCGAGGCUAACAGCAAGCACAAGUCAUGCACAGCUCAAGACUAAGGCUAUGAAGGAGGAGAAGGCACUCCAAGAGGUUGUACUUGAAGAUCUCACUGCGAUGACUACUGCGAAUGUAUUUCUGAGAGUCACCACUGCUGUUGUCAAGACUUCGGUCCAUGAGAAAUUUGCUGUGGAGCUCGAGCGCGCCACCAAGAAGCCGCCUCCGAAGAUCACGAAGCUCGCGAUUCUCACAUCUUCAUAUGACGAAACGGCAGCAUCUUCUAAAGACAACUUGGUGGCGAAGAGCGUGGAUGUAUUCUCCUCCGUCCUCCCGGGAAAGAAACCCGGUGGCCGUAUAUUUAUUGGGUUUCCUACUCAUCAAACUACCGGAGCGGGCAUGCAUUUGUCUGCACCGUCAGUCAUUCCGACUGUCGAGCGGGAAUCUAUAGAUCUCAAUGCGAGAUGGGUCAGAACAUGGAACCAAGAAAUGCUUCGAGUUGCGGGUAUCAUGGCCAGAAUAGCUUUCGCCAACGAAAUGGCCGAUCUCUCCACCAAGAUCAGCCGUGCUGUGAAGCUUGCUGGUCACGGCACGAAGGUUACAAAGGAUGAAAUUGCACAGUUUAUGCCUGAGGCUCUCCAUACCUUGAAGAGCUUUACCUUUGGAGAAUCAACGCCAAGCUCUCAAGUAUCGCAGCUCAUUGAAGAAGCCUUUUGGACUGCCUACAAGAAGCCGUCCAUUGAGAUCUACAGUUCGCGAGGUGUGUUGCCAACUACGAAAGUUAGACUGGCUACGGAAGAUCUCAGUGGCUUUGUCGAUGGUAUUCCAGUCGUCCCAGAGGCGGUAGCUGAAGGACCGUUUGUCAACAAGCUCAAGGAUUUCGGACUCAUUACUGAGAUCACGUUCAACGACGUCAGGCAGGAAUUAGAAGCCAAAGCGUUGACCAAAGGGCAACUGGUACAGUUUAUCGGCUGGGCUGGAAAGAAGGCCAUCACCGGAGAUAUGGAUAGAUCAACGGUUCAUAUUUUGAUGGGCGUCGCUGUUGCGAUGACUGGAGAUGCUGAUGGCGCAGGCGAUGUUAUCGCUUUGGGGACCAUUACCAAUUAUCUGAGCGUGAGCAAGAUCCCGGCCGAGCUUCCUCUACCACCAUCCACGAUGCCGUUCCAAUUCACUCGGACGUCAUCUGUGAAUGAACUUCAAGCUCUGGGCUGGGAGCCGCUAGAGAUUGUUCCUUGGCUGCGAUUCCUCAUUGAAACCAAUUCCCACAGACCGAAAGAGCAAAGUCUGACGAAUUCUCCGCAAUUUUCAGCCAGUGUUCUCCAAGUGCUAUCAAAGGCGUGGGAUGGCCUGAGUCCAGGUUCCAAGACGACCGUUGUUGCACUUCUUCAGCCUCUUGCAGUGAUCCCGACGAAGGCUGGUAUGAAGAGACCUGGGGAAUCUUUCUUCGCAAGCGUUAAGCUCUUCGAAGAUCUACCCACGGUCACUUCGUGUCCGGGCGUCAAGGAAAAGUUCUUCGCAGCAAUUGGUGUUCGGAAGACUGUUGAUCUAGAGACAAUCUUUGCUCUCAUCAAAUAUUUGGCCUCUGUCCAAGAGGAUAUUCCAAGGGAAGAUAUUCAGAGACUGAAAAAUUCACAAAUCUGCCCUGCUGAAGCAGGACCAAAAGGCCUGGAGCCUACAGUAGGCAGUGCAAGAUUGUACCGCGUAUCUGAGCUUUUUGAGCCGAACGAUGACCUGCGAGGGCUCAGGCUGCCUAUCAUUCAAUGGCCUGGCCCACCCGAGCUGGCGCAGUUUGCGUGCAGAGAACCGGCGCGCCUUCUUGGUCUUCUGCAAGGUCCCGAAAAGUAUCUCGGUCUGCUGAGAAGUUUUGCGGACGAGCUUCCCCAGCUGAAGAAAAAUAAAACUUUAUUCGGUCAGAUGAAGACCGCCAAAUUUCUCAUUGGAUGGGUUGAGAUUUCGGCAAGCAAGGACAAAGAGAAAUCGAAGAAGCCACAGAAUCUCAUGGAUGACGACUUAGACGUUGAGGACAUGGAAGAUGCACCUAUCAAGCAUCAAAGAAUGGAGUCGGCUAGCAGAAUCAUCAUUGUAAGUGCCAGUAUCGACUAUAAGAUCACUACUAACAACGCACAGAACGAUGACUACGCUGGUUAUCGCCUAUUCAGAAGUUCUCUUGUCUGCGCCCCUGAAGAAGAGAAAUUAGAGGAUUUCUACCUUGCUCUGGGUGCCCAGACACUUCGCAGUCUUAUCCAGGAAGACCUCCGACUGGGCGAGCCAACUCAAGAUACCGGUACCAAGCUCCGCACUCAUGUCUUGGAGAGAGCAAAGCUUUUUCUGCACGAGACCCCCCGCGAAAACAUCAAGCACGAUGGUCGUUGGCUGGAGAAAAAUCUCUGGGUUCAGAUUGUAUCGUCAAUUAACCUCCGACGAUCUCUCCGGGGUCAUAGCCUUUCUCAUAACGAGAAACGCUCCGCAGCUGUGCAACACGAGAAGAGAACAGGCUGGACAUUGUUCGUCACUGCUGGCAACUACGACACCUAUCAAAUUAGCCAAGCUGUUUGCAAGUUACUGUUGGACAGACCCAAUCAAAGCACUUAUCUGACCUUCGAGCAAUUCCUCAACCUGAGUUUGCAUCAGCUCCGAGCCCGUGGCUACAAUGUAGAACGUAUCCUACGAGCCAAAGCCGCUGAGCAAAGAAUGGCCGAAGAGGACCGUAAGAAACAGAUGGCAAUCGAACAGCAACAAAUCAAAGAGCAAGAGGCGCUGUGGCAAAAACAGAAUCAAAGUCAGAUGAUAGCCGCGGCAGCUGGUCGCGAAGAAAAUGUGCCCAACAUGCCAGGCGCCUUCGGCUCAGACUCCCCGGACAACAGUCCCAUUCGUCAAGCCGACCAGAAAAGCCGUGGUGGCGGCAGUAGUAUCUUCUCAGCUUUCACCAAGAAGCUAGGUCUCGACUCACGCAACAGUACCAGUAGUAGUGGUGGCAGCGAAGUGCAAGAACAAUUGCAAAGCUUUCUCGGAGGUGGUACUGGUAACGAUGGCUCGUCUAGUCAACCACCUCCGCCUCCCUAUGAUGGGACAGGAGCCACGGAAAAAGUCUCCAAUCCCGCCGAGAUCCAGCAGAAUCUGCAUAAUGCUAUUCAAUCCUCCCGCCCCUAUAACUCAUCCACCCUGUUUUCGCCCCCAGAGACGCAGGCUAUCAAAGAGCAAGCUACCUACUGCGACUCCACACCCGCUCAAAAUAUCAUUUUCCUAGCCGACGCUUCGAACGGCAUGCGCAUCUUCGUGUCCAAAACCAUGUCCGCAGACCCGGGCACCUUCCUUGCAGCCAACGUCUCGGCCCUCAACACAUUCUCCCUCAUUCUACAGGAUGUGUGCGACGUGUAUGCGCUGCCGCGGAAAGCGAUGCACAUCUUCCACGAUGAGAGCGGCGGCACUAUCGCAUUCAAUUCCGGCGGCGCGAUUUUCUGCAACUUCAGGUUCUUCAGUCAGUUGCAUGAGAAGAAGAUACAAGAGGGUAGUGGCGGUGAGAAUGGAGAAGCGAAAGGGGAGGCGGGCGUUUAUUGGUGGGUUGUGAUCGCGCAUGAGCUGGCGCAUAACAUCGUGAAAGAGCAUGAUGCUCGGCAUAGUUUUUACACGGAGAUGUUGGUCGCGAAUAACUUCUCGAAGAUGAUGGCUAUGGCGGCGAAGUACUCGCGGGUGGGUAAGCUGCCACAAGCGACGGCAGGUAUUAAAUAG